AUGGGGAAACUGGUGCGCGUGGGCGGCCGAAGCCUGGAGACGCUCACGGGACUCCGAUCGCUGGUGCUGGCCGACAGCCCCUCGCUGGCCGAAAUCGAGCCUCAUGCCUUCAUCGGGGACAUAUCCUCCCCCUCCAAGUUUCCGGCGCUGGAGAAGCUUAUUUUACGAGGAAAUAGUUUGAGGACUCUGCAUCCCAUAUUUCUACCUAGCAUUGACAAUCUUGUGGAAGUAGAUCUUCGAGAUAACUUGUGGCAGUGCGACUGUAAUCUGAAAUGGAUUAUCACCAAUUUGGAGCCUAUCAUCAGCCAGAACAAUCCUGAAAUGUUGCUGAAUGUC